CGCCCUGCAUGGGAUGGGAUGGAUCUAUAAAUCAAUGCAUUUCAUGAUAGCAGAAUAUUACUAUAUUUGCUUAUCUAGGUAUUUGUAUUUUGACAGUCCAUUUCUACCAUGACAUGUCUUUACAUUCCUAAGAAGUGUUGAAGAUUUUGUUACACUUUGCUAUGAUUUUGUUCAUUUUCAAUUUAUUAAACCAUUAGAUCAAAUACUUUUGUAAUUUUACAGCUUCACGUGGCUUGCGAUAUCUUUUCUACACAACAACUUAUUUUUCUGAGAAUCUGCAUACUAAUGACUGAGGUGAGACGGUGAAUAAGACUUGUCAAGUAACAGGACGCCGAUGAGACGAUGCAAGACUUUAGACAAAUACUGUUUGAGAUAAAUGAGACAGAUAAUCCAGAAUUAUACAUUAAUACUGCGUGUGUAUGUUUUCAUCAUAGCUGCGCGCCGUCACUGACCCGUUUCAGGUUCAUAUUAGGAAUUAGGAGUCCAGUCAAUCACUGAAACAAUGCAUUAAAUAUCUACACUUAGUGGAUUACCGACUGGGACUCCUCAUUUCACCUAAAUUCGCCACAUUAAUAUCUUUAUGACAACUGAAUUCAAAAAAGAGUGCACAGUAAGACUGGUCAGCCUUCUCGAGGUACUAUUAAGAUGUAAUUAAGAUAAGAGCCCAUUUAGUGAAAAGCACAAGCCUGCGCUGGGGGCUAAAACACAUUUAAUUCCAAGUUUGCACAGAGACAUCCCCAUCGGAAACUCACUUCACUUAGGCGUUUAUUAUUAAGAUCGCGGUAAUGAUACAGCUAUAGCAAUCAAGGGAAAAAAACAGCCACAGUAAUAAACCGGAUUAAAUGCAAAUAGCUUAUUUUUUCUUUGCUUGUUUUAUUAAGUUCAUACAAUCUAUAUUUUGUGUUGUAUUUUUCCACCCGUCGAUAUAUAACCGGUAUGUUGAUGGGCAGUUCUGGUACGCGGUUAUACUUAAUGAUACCUGUGUAAUGUAGGCUAUGACACGCAUACGCGCAUGCACAUUUGCAUACCGGCAUCUGAUUAAUCAUCUUUCUUAUUUGGUAAGUUGAAACCAUCAAAGGCGACAGAAAAAGCAGCAGUGCAGUUGUCAAAAUGCCCGCCUCACGCCUGGUUUCGUCGCCGUUAAAGGAGAACGACAGCCGGUCGGCAUCUCCGCCUCCCCGUGCUGCACCCCUCCCCUUCUCUACUGUAUCCACACAUUCGCACCAAAACUCCAUCUAUGGAUCGGCACUCGUAUCACCGUCAACAAAAACAGGAAUUAAGGACGUAAAAGAAAGGAAAGGGGCAAAGUAAUAAGACAAGCAAUGCUAUCUUCUGACAAUACCUCAAUCCGACUGAGAGCGAAGCAGGAUGAAUUUAAUCUUUUCAAGAUUCUUGGCAUACUUUUAUUUCGGGUUGCAAGUCCUUCUCCAUUCCUUCAUCGGUCCCUGUUACCCCCAUCCCCAGCCCUGCCACAUACUGGCGCAGAUAGGACACACAGUUCGCCUGGGUGCCCUGCUGCCUACCCGCCAGCCGUCCCGGGUACAAGCCGCUUUGAACCGCGCCCUUGCCAGUCUCGCCCAAACUGGGAACAACUUCCUUCCUUACAACCUGAGCUUGGAAAUGGUACCGAGAAAACCCCCGACCGGGGACCCCGAGUCCCUUUUCAGGUGCGUGUGUCAGGCGAUCGUUGUUCAGGGGGUCUCCGCAGUGCUCGCCUUCCCCCAGAGCCAAGAAGAGCUCGUACAAGUGGAAUUUAUGGCUACUUUUUUGGAAAUCCCUUUCAUCAGCAUCAUUGAGCAAGGCGAACCACUGAAAACACAGAACCGGUUCCACCUGCAGAUGGCAACACGGAUCCCACCGUCGGGCCUGACGGAGCUACUGCUGACGGUGCUGCGGCGAAGUGGCUGGAACGAGGGCAUGGCAGUGCUGUGUCAGGGCUGGGAGGAGGCCGGAGUGCUGGAGCUGCUCAAGCUGCAGAGCCGGCAGGGUGGCCCUGGGGCCCGCUGGCGCUUGCGCGGGGCCCUCAACCUGUCAGAGGCAGAGCAGGAGGACAUGGAGGUGCACGAGUUCCUGUCCAAGCACUUCCGGCAGGCACGGCCCCCGCCCACCUCGGUGCUGCUGUUCGGCGGCGACCCGCAGUGCGCUGCCACAGUGCUGCACAGCGCCCAUGAGCUGGGCCUGGCGCUGCCCACCAUGCACUGGGUCAUGGCACACCCGCUGAGCCCGGACACGCUGCACUCCAUUGGUCUGCCGCUGGGCUUGCUGGCCUACGGGGAAGUGGACCGCAAGCCGCUGGACUUCUACAUCCGUGAUGCCCUGCAGCUGGUGGCCCGGGCUGUUGCCGCUGCCACCGUGGUGCGGCCUGACCUGGCGCUCAUCCAGAACAUGGUCAACUGCUAUGACAAGCCCAACAAGCAUGAGGUGCCCUCCUCCGGGCAGUACAUCGCCAGGUUCCUGUCCAACACGUCCUUCUUGGGGCUGACUGGCCCUGUCAAGGUCCAGCGCAACAUCUCCCGCGUGCUCACAUCCCAGCGCUUCCACAUCUGGAGCCUGCGGCGGGAUGCAGUGGGGCAGCCAGCCUGGGUAACAGUGGGCAGCUGGGAGGGCAGCCAGCUGCAGGUGGAGGAGCAGGGCCUGUGGCCGGGGCCCUCGCAGCGACAGCAGGCAGUGGGGCAAGACCGGCGCAGGGAUGUCCGUUGGGACGCCUCAGUGCCGGUGGCAGGCAGCCGGCUGCGUGUGGUCACACUGGUGGAGCACCCCUUUGUAUUCACACGCGAGGUGGACGAGGACGGCAGCUGCCCCGCUGGGCAGCUAUGCCUGGACCCACGGAUCAACGACUCUGACGCUCUAGACCGCCUCUUCCACGACCUGGAGCAGGGCAACAAGUCAUCCUUCCCCAAGGACAUCCGCAAGUGCUGCUACGGCUACUGCAUCGACCUGCUGGAGAAGCUGGCCGAGGACAUGCACUUCCAGUUCAAUCUCUACAUUGUGGGUGACGGCAAGUACGGGGCGUGGAAGGGCGGGCGCUGGACGGGGCUGGUGGGCGACCUCCUGAGAGGGGCCGCCGAUAUGGCCGUCACCAGCUUCAGCAUCAACUCUGCCCGCAGCCAGGUGAUAGACUUCACCAUCCCCUUCUUCUCCACCAGCCUGGGCAUCCUGGUGCGCAGUAAGGACACCGCCGCCCCCAUUGGAGCCUUCAUGUGGCCCCUGCACUGGUCCAUGUGGAUGGGCAUUUUCGUGUCACUACACAUCACCGCACUUUUCCUCACGCUCUAUGAGUGGAAGAGCCCCUUCGGCAUGACACCACAUGGCCGCAACCGCGUCAAGGUCUUCUCCUACUCCUCGGCCCUCAACCUGUGCUACGCCAUCCUCUUCGGCAGGACGGUGUCCAGCAAGACUCCCAAGUGCUGGACAGGCCGCUUCCUCAUGAACCUCUGGGCCAUCUUCUGCCUGCUGGUGCUCUCCAGCUACACAGCCAACCUGGCUGCCGUCAUGGUAGGUGAGAAGACCUUCGAGGAGCUGUCUGGCAUCCAUGACGCCAAGCUUCACCACCCCUCGCAUGGGUUCCGCUUCGGAACGGUGAGGGAGAGCAGCGCCGAAGACUACAUGAAGAAGAGCUUCCCUGAGAUGUACGAGUAUAUGAGGCGCUUCAACGAGCCAACCACACCGGAUGGGGUCUCCACGCUCAAGUCAGAUCCUCCCCAGCUGGACGCCUUCAUCAUGGACAAGGCGCUGCUGGACUACGAGGUUUCCAUCGAUGCUGACUGCAAGCUGCUGACUGUGGGGAAGCCGUUUGCCAUCGAAGGCUACGGGAUUGGACUGCCGCAGAACUCCCCCCUUACCUCCAACGUGUCGGAAUACAUCAGCCGCUACAAGUCAGAUGGCUACAUGGACAUGUUGCAUGACAAAUGGUACAAGGUGGUCCCCUGUGGGAAAAGGGUCUUUGCCGUCACAGAGACCCUGCAGAUGGGCAUACAGCACUUUUCCGGGCUGUUCGUGCUGCUGUGCCUGGGUGUGGCGGGGGCACUGCUCACGCUGGCCGGGGAGCACGCCUUCUACCGCCUCGUCUUGCCCCACAUCCGCCGCCGGCAGAAGUUCAAGUACUGGCUUCACACCAGCCAGAAAAUCCACAGAGCAUUAAACAUGACCUAUGAGGAUGUGAAGAGGCAGCGGGCCAAUGCAGAAAAGAGCUGUAACAUACAGAAGGCACAGCCCUCGCCUCCUGCCCCACCUGCACCACCAACAGAUGGUGCCACCGCCACCACAAUCACGAGCACCAGCGCCACCAAAUGGAACAAUGAAUACAGCAAGGCCUUACGGGAGCCUAAGGAUAACAAGCGGGUUCACUUCAACCUGGAGACCCUCAAUAGCCGCCGUCUCCAGGCACAAGCCACGCCUGAGGUGCGAGGAACCGGCGGGACCAGCAGGGGGACGCUGACCUUGCCUGUGUGUGAGAAUGGGGGGCCCGGGCUGAGCCUGCUGCCACCCUCGGCCUCCUCAUCCUCAGGCCCGCUACCCCAGGACGACGAGCUGCAGCAGCUGCAGGAGCAGAUCGAGGAGAUGAGGGGCCAACUGAGAGCAGCCCUGGCCCGGAGGGCUGAGCUGCAGACCUCACUGGCGCAAGAGAGGGUGGCCCAAGCCACAGCAGUGACGCAACCCCCCCCUGCCAGGCUCCUGGCUAUGCGCGUCCCUCCCACCAAAGAGAAUGGCAAGAGGUGAUGGUGAAGAGGUUAGGGCUCCCGCAGGCCGCAGCUUGAGAGCUCAGCUGGGCCAUGAAGACCCUGCGGCAUGCCAGAGAUGGACCCCCAUCUCCAUCUGGCAGGAUCCGCCCUGGACGCUUGCCUGGGACGCUGGUGCCCCAGUCACUCACUGACUCUCUCCAUACUAUCCAGGGCCCCAGAGAGGAGAGAUGAGGCAGAGCAAAGCACUUUCUGGAAGAACAUGAGCCCCUGGUCUGCGCCGGUCGACAGUCCCGCUUCAGGAUGGGCUACCACACUCACACGCUUCACUCCUCGGACUCAAACCAUGGAGGCAGACACAAAUACAGACCCCAGACUCCCCAGACUGGUGAAAACAGAGAUGCAGCGGCGAGCCGCUGUAAUCUGAUGGAUGGAGGGUCAGGGUCGUGCCGGGGAUCAGCUGCGAGAGAUAAGUCUCUGCCUGACCAUGUGCAGAUGGCCCACACUUAUGCAAGCUCACAACAGCAGCCCGGGGUCUGGACUCCUGAGGAGCCGUGAGCUCAGAGACCUGGAGCAUCUUUUUAAGGUGUCAUUGUUUCAUACUCCAGUAUGGACUGGUGAUGUUCUCUGGCUUUGACUCCUCCCCCCCCCCCCAAUAAACAUUGUCUUAUUGAAGUAUGAUCAAUUGGAAAUUCUCGCUGUAUUCAUCCACAGUGCAAUGUCUGAAGACAAAAGAUAGAGACAAAGAAGGGAAGAAAAAGGGGGGAGUGGAGGAAAGAGGAGCAGAGAGGGUAGUGGAGAAGGAAAAUGGGGGGGGCAGGGGAGUGGACAGGGCAAAGGAG